UGAAAGAUAGUAGCUAUUCUUGACAUACUUGGACUCACUGCGUCACGUCUUUCAGGUGCCCGGAUGAGCCUCGGUGGUCCGGGGUGCAGGCUUCAAACCUGUAGCUGCUUAGCGGCAGAGUGGUUCAAUUCCACCUUUCGGGCGUGAAUUUUCUGUCCUUGUUUUGUUUUGUUUGUCUCGCCUGAAUUAUUUAACCGUAGCUUUAAAACGGUUUAACUGUAGAAUAAUUUCUUCGUCGCACACCUUUCUCUGUUUAUUUUUUAAUCUAUCUACUUUAAACUCGUACUAAAUGACUUUAUUUGAGUGAAAAUAGCAACAAAUCAUCUAAUACGAAGGGCAAACAGGAAACACUUCCGUGUUACCCGGAAGCAAAACCCGCUUAGACGUGUUGAGUGAUCCAUUAUUCCAGCCAAUCGCUAGGACGGGAAUGCUUCACAUGGUCCAAUCACCUCUCUGACAGCAAUAGGUGGGCCUUGUGACGGAAGCAUGUCUGGGAAGCUGGUGGAAAACGUCCUUGUACUCGUGAUUUUUAGUUUAACUUGCAAUUUACACAAGCGUUUCUACUAACCGAGCGGAUUUUCCCUCCCCACAAUAUUCAACGUUUGAGAGAUGCCUCUCCAUAAAUACCCACCCAAGAUGUGGGACGCUCUGAAGCUGAAGCAGGGCAUCUACGCUCGCCUGCCAAAACAUUACCUCAAGUCCCUUGAGCCGAAGGAGGCCACGCCUGUCCACUGGAGACCGCUGGGGGUCAAGUAUCGACUCAACCCCAAGACGGGGCAGAAGGAGCGAGUCCAGGACAUCCCCAUCCCCAUCUACUACCCUCCACAGUCGCAGGAGGGCCUGUGGGGAGGAGAGGGCUGGAUUUCUGGCUUCAGAUACGCCAACAACGAUAAAAUGUCCACUCGGGUCCCGAAGACGUGGAAGCCUCAGCUGCUGAAGAGAGAGCUGUACAGUGAAAUCUUGGAUCACAAGUUCACCAUCACAGUCACACCGCGCACCCUGGACCUCAUCGAUGAUGCCUAUGGAUUUGACUUCUACAUCCUCAAGACCCCCAAAGAAGAUUUGAACUCCAAACUUGGGAUGGACCUGAAGCGAGCCAUGCUCCUGCGUCUGGCUCGCAAAGACAAGGAGCUGUACCCCCACGACGCUGCAAAGAGGGAGACCAUGUACAACAGAUAUAAGAAAUUCUUGGUGCCCGAGGAGGAGGCCGAGUGGGUGGGACUGAGUCUGGAAGAGGCUGUGGAAAAACAGAGGCAGCUGGAGCACAAGGAGCCGGAGCCGCACUUCAAGGUCUGUAUGGAGAAGCUGGUGGAGGAGCUGGAGAUCCAAAAACUGUCAGAGCCUCAUGUCAUCGAGAAGAAAUGAGGUGCAGAGAGGAGAACGCACCAGACUUUCAGACGCCGCUGGCGCCCUCCCUGUUGAACUACCAGCAGUGUCAGGCUGGUUGGACUGAGCAUAAGCGAAGACAAAGGGAUAUUUACUGGCUGCUUCCAAACAAAUCCAUGGCUUCUAGUCAGGCGGACGUCAACAGAGUUCAAAUAAACCUGGGUUCUUCAGUGUCCCUGAGAAGCGCUCGUGUUUGUGGCGUUACGCUUCCUGAACUUACACAUGCGUUUCUCUCCAGACAUUUACAUGAACGUCGUGAACUUCCUCUUUCUACUAAAAAAAUAAACACCUCUAAUUUGCAUCGCCAGGUUUUAUAACGCUUUGCAGAAGUGAAAUUAGACCCAACGUCUGCGUGCGUGUCGCGAUCUGCCCACUAGAUGGAGCUAAGACACGAGGACUUUCAAUCGAACCGAAACCCUGGUUCAGGGUGUAGGACGGUGGGAGUGUUUUUAACCAGAUAACUAUUGAGAAUAAAUUAUACUCAGAUUCAUGACCAUAUCUCAAACUUUCCAUUUGCGUACUUCGCACCCACCAAUCAUGUCUUAUCUUUAUAUCACUUUUUAUGGGGGUCGCAUCACCGUAUUUAUAAUUUAGGUUUCAUAGAAAGCGCCUGCGACUCUCGUGAGUCAGACAGGUGCAAUAUAAGGGUUUUAUUAUUACUGUUGUUUGCUUCUUAUUCUGCUGUGACGUGUUGGCAAAACAAACGCCGUCACUCCGCGAUACAGUCAUGUGAAGAGACGCACACGACUGACUUUUAAUUCACUGGAAGUGUACGUUAAAACUGAAGGCAAUUCAAUACACAGUAUUAUAUUAAUAUUUAAAUAUUAAAUUCAUACCAAUUGUCGAUUGGUUCUGGAAACACGUGGCCAUUGUUGCUUCC